AUGGCCUCGAAUACUUCACAAGCAUCCACCCCCUCUUCUUCCUCUUCCCAGGCUUGGAUUGCAGGUCCUGUAGUGGGUGCUAUAGCCGGAAUGGCUCUAGUCGGCGGACUAGUAUUAUGGUACUUCCGAAGGACUCGCAAGACUCCCGGAGAUGCAGAAGGUGCAGGACCCCCGAAUUGGGAAAGUCGACGAGAACUACAGGGUGCACACGAGCCUCCAGAACUUCAAGCCAAUGCACCACCCUCAGAGCUCCAUUCAGACGCCGCCAAAGCGGAACUGUCAGCUACACAACCGAAUGUGGAUAGAAGAAAGGGGAUGCAGACUCCAAAUACGGCUUAUGAGCUACCAUGA